CCGGUCCUCGCCCGCUAGUCUAGCCUCUGGAUUGGCCGCGAGACUCUCCUUGGGCCUGCGCGGUGCAGGGCGAGUGAGGAGGGGUUUGGCCCGCAAGAUGGCGGGGCCUGCGGCCGGUGUGGGCAGGCUAGAAGAAGAGGCCCUGCGGCGAAAGGAACGGCUGAAGGCCCUACGGGAGAAAACUGGGCGCAAGGACAAGGAAGAUGGGGAGCCAAAUACCAAGCAGCUCAGAGAAGAGGAGGAGGAAGGCGAGAAGCACAGGGAGCUCAGGCUGCGGAACUAUGUCCCAGAGGAUGAGGACCUGAAGAAGAGGAGGGUACCCCAGGCCAAACCAGUUGCGGUGGAAGAGAAGGUGAAAGAGCAGCUGGAGGCCGCCAAGCCAGAGCCUGUCAUUGAGGAAGUGGACCUGGCCAACCUUGCCCCCCGGAAGCCUGAUUGGGACCUUAAGAGAGAUGUGGCCAAGAAGCUGGAGAAGCUAGAAAAGCGGACGCAAAGGGCCAUCGCUGAGCUGAUCCGGGAGAGACUAAAAGGCCAGGACGACAGCCUGGCCUCUGCAGUGGACGCCACCGCCGAACAGGAGGCCUGCGACUCCGACUGAGGAAAAGAAAGCCAGAGAGAGAAGGUACUUGAAGAAGUAUUGGCUGACUACUGUUGUUACUGGCGCCAUGGUAAAAUAGGUGCUUGAACUGAUCCUCCCUUUGCAAACAGCUAAAUAACAACAACGAAAACUUUUUAAAUGCAGCAAUGAGCUGGUAAGUAAGGACUACUUUGGCAAAAAGGUAAGAGGCAGCAAAAUGCCGUGGUCUGGCCUUUGCCUUGAGGGUAUUUGACAAACCGGGUAAACUUGAACAUUGGUUUUUGGGGUCCUCGAUGGCCAGGGUCAGGACAACUCAAGACGUAUGCAAAAUGAGGGUCUAGUAGGAGAGCCGUCCAUAAAGCUGGGACUCCAAGGGGCUGCAUCCUGUGUGGAUAAAUAUAAAUCUGCUCUCCUGGCAUCCCAGAGGAAAAUUGGACCUUGCCACUUAGUGGAGUGAAAAAGGGUCUCCCUUGAGAAAUUGUGUUCACAAGCCAGCCCACCUGUGAGUUUGCACAUGAAAAACCUCAAGCCAGGAAUUUAAAGUGGACAUCUGACUCAGUUGAACCUUUAUUCAUCUCAGUCCUCAAGGACUUCUCACUGAUAAACUUCAAGAAAAAUGAGCAGCUUCCAGAAAAAUUCACCAGAUAAACAAAGCACCAAGAGGAGAGGACAUCAAAAAUAACAAAUAGAAUCAGACUUGCAAAGAGUUCAGACAUGAGGAUUAUCAGUCAUAGCAUUUAAAUGUUUAAAAAUGUUUUAAGAAGUAAAAGAGUCUUGAGAUUAGGAAUAGGUUAGCAAAAGAAUCAAACUGAUGUUCUGGAAAUAAAAAAAUAUUAUAGGAAUUUAAAGCACUGUGUGGGUUAGGCACAGCUGAAGAGACAGUGGGAAGCUAGAUCUGAAGAAAAUUACCCAGAAUGCAGCCCAGCAGAUAAAUAUCAAUAAUAUGAACAAGAGACUGAGAAACAUGGGAGGGGAUAGAGUGAGAAGAUCCAGCAUAGCAUGUGAUUGGAAUUCUAGGAGGAAAAAGUAAAAAUGGGGCAGAGACAAUAUUGGAAAAACAGUGAUUGAGAACUUCCCAGAAUUUAGUAAAUCACCAAUUCACAGAUUCACAAAGGGCAGUGAAUCUGAAGCAGGACAAAUUAAAAGAAAUGUUCUGAUUUUUUAUCUGGGUGGUGAUUAAUUAGAUAUAUUUUGUGAAUAUUCAGGGAACUGUAUACAUAGGAUUUGUGUAAUUUUUUUAUAUGUUUAUUAAAGCUCAAUGAGCAAAUUUACUUAAAAUUUUUUACCUUGUAUUAAUCAUCAAUUUCUGUGUAACAAAACUCAUUGACUUAAAACAGUAUUUCAGUUUCUUUGGGUCAGGAAUUAAGGAGCAGCUUAGCCUGGGUAGUUCUAGCUCAGGGUCUCAUGUGGUUGCAGUUAAGAUGUCAGUUGGAGCUGCAGUCAUCUGAAGGCUUGGCUGGGGCUGGAGGCUGUGCUUCCAAGAUGGCUCACUCGCAUAGCUGUUGGCUGGAGGGCUCCAAUCCUUGCCACAUGGACCUCUCCAUAGGGCUUACUUGAGUGUUCUCACAGCAUAGCAGCUGGUUUCCCCCACAAUGAAUAAGAGCAAGGAGGAAGCGUCAGAGCCUUUUAUGACCUGAGUCUGGAAGGGAUAGUCUGCCACGUUCUGUUGUUAGAAGUGAGUCACUACAUCCAAACCGCACUCAAAUGGAGAAGAAUUAGGCUCCACCCUUGAAGGCAGAGCUAUCAAAGAAUUUGUGGACAUGUUUUAAAACCACCACAUACCUAAACACAUUAUAAUGAAAUUGCAAAACACAAAGAGCAAGAAAAGAUCUUAAAAUUAGUUAGGGAGAAAAGACAUACUACCUUUCAAGGGGCAACAGUUGAACUGAAAGACGAUUCAACUGGCAACCAUUAUUAUUGGAAUGAUACUUUCCAUGUGCUAAAAGAAAACUGUCAGCUUAGAAUUUUAUACCCAGAGAAAGUAUCUUUCAAGUACAAGAAAACCAGGGCUUUUGCCACCAGCAUAAUCUUACUAAAAGAAAUUCUAGUUUGGGCAAUAAAAUGUUCAGAAAUUCACUGUGGAGAUGGUUGCACAAAUCUGUGAAUAUAUUAAAAGCCAUUGAAUUGUACACUUUAAAUGGGUGAAUUGUAUGGUAUGUGAAUUACAUCUUGAAGCUGUUUUUUAAAAAAAUGAAAUAAGCAUUCUUCAAAAAAAAAGUUUCUAAAGGGUAUCUUCAGACUGAAGGAACACAAUCUGAGAUGGAAAGUCUGAGAUAUAAGAAGGAAUGAAGAGAAUGUGUAAAUUUAAAUAGGCAUUAACCCUAUAAAAGAAAAAUGUUUUGUGGAGUAAAAGAAAAGCAAGGGACACUUAGAAACAUAACAACAAUAGUAUGUAAGUCUAGAGGGGAUGGGCGGUGAUUGGCCUGUAAGACGCUUACUCGGAUCCCUGGUGGCACAGUGGUUAAGAGCUUGGCUGCUAACCUAAAGGUCAGCGGUUUGAAUCCACCAGCUCCUUGGAAACCCUAUGAGAUAGUUCUUUUCUGUCCUAUAGAGUUGCUAUGAGUCAGAGUCAACUCGAGACUCCAUGGCAGUGGGUUUGGGGUUUUUUUUGAAGACACUCGGGAAGAGGGAAAAGACCCUGAUUCAGACUCUGGUAUGUAGGCAGGCUGACAUUUCUAGGGUAUCCCUGAAAGGAGAGAAACAGAGUGUGCACCCUCCAAACCAGCUGAGGGAGUGGAGGGGUGGGAGGGGCAGAGAAGAAAGAAAUGAGAAAUAAUUAUCCAAAAGAAGGCAGAGAAAAAGAAAAGGUGGGACAAAUAAAUGAAUCUGAUUAUGUCAAUAAUUACAAUCAAUGUACUAGACUGAUUGAUCUUUUUUUUUU